CUCCGGUGGGCAGUGCGCUCUGCGGGCCGCAGAUCGCAGCGUGACCAGCGCGGCCAUGCGGGGCCCGCGUCCGAUCCCGCGCGCAGCCCUGAGCCCCAGACCGAGCGCGACCCCCGGCGCGGCGCGGCUCCCCCGGCGGAGGCGGCGGGCGCGGGGCGCGCUCUGAGGCCCGGGGGAUGCGCCGCCGCCGCCGCAGCCAUGGGCGCCGCCGCCUCCCGGAGGAGGGCGCUGAGGAGCGAGGCCAUGUCCUCCGUGGCGGCCAAAGUGCGGGCAGCCCGAGCGUUCGGAGAGUACCUGUCCCAGAGUCACCCUGAGAACCGCAACGGGGCAGAUCACCUGCUGGCUGACGCCUACUCUGGCCACGAGGGGUCCCCUGAGAUGCAGCCCGCCCCCCAGAACAAGCGCCGCCUCUCCCUCAUCUCCAACGGCCGCUAUGAGGGCAGCCUCUCAGAAGAGGCUGCUGGUGGGGAAGCGGCCGCAGAGGGCCCCCAGCCCCGCGUGUACACCAUCUCUGGGGAGCCCACCCUGCUGCCCAACCCUGAGGCCGAGUCGAUUGAGCUGGCUGUGGUGAAGGGGCGGCGGCAACGAGCACGGCACCCCCACCACCAUAGCCAGCCCCUGCGCGCCAGCCCCGGCAGCAGCCGCGAGGACGUCAGCAGGGCAUGCCAGAGCUGGGCAGGCAGCCGCCAGGGCUCGAAGGAGUGCCCUGGAUGUGCCCAGCCGCCCCCCGGGCCCUCCCCGCAAGCCUUUGGGCUGGAGCAGCCACCUCUGCCCGAGGCCCCCGGCCGCCGCAAGAAACUAGAGAGGAUGUGCAGCGUGGAUCGAGUGUCUGAUGAGGGCCCCAUCCGAACCUGGUUCCCCAAGGAAAACCUUUUCCGCUUCCAGACAGCAACCACAACUAUGCAAGCCAUUUCGGUGUUUAGGGGCUACGCGGAGAGGAAGCGCCGGAAACGGGAGAAUGAUUCCGCGUCUGUAAUCCAGAGAAAUUUUCGAAAACACCUGCGCAUGGUCGGCAGUCGGAGGGUGAAGGCCCAGACGUUCGCUGAGCGGCGCGAGCGGAGCUUCAGCCGGUCCUGGAGCGACCCCACCCCCACGAGAGCCGACACUUCCCACGACUCCCGAGACAGCAGUGAUCUGCAGAGCUCACACUGCACCCUGGACGAGGCCUGUGAGGACCUAGACUGGGACACGGAGAAGGGCCUGGAGGCCGUGGCCUGCGACACUGAGGGUUUCUUACCACCCAAGGUCAUGCUCAUCUCCUCCAAGGUGCCAAAAGCUGAGUACAUCCCCACCAUCAUCCGCAGGGACGAUCCCUCCAUCAUCCCUAUUCUCUACGACCACGAGCACGCCACCUUCGAGGACAUCCUGGAGGAGAUAGAGAAGAAACUGAAUGUCUAUCAUAAGGGAGCCAAGAUCUGGAAGAUGCUGAUUUUCUGCCAGGGAGGCCCUGGACAUCUCUAUUUGCUCAAGAACAAGGUCGCCACGUUUGCCAAAGUGGAGAAGGAAGAGGACAUGAUCCACUUCUGGAAACGCCUGAGCCGCCUGAUGAGCAAAGUGAACCCCGAGCCGAAUGUCGUCCACAUCAUGGGCUGCUACAUCUUGGGGAACCCCAACGGGGAGAAGCUUUUCCAGAACCUCAGGACCCUCAUGACCCCUUACCGGGUCACCUUUGAGUCUCCCCUGGAGCUGUCUGCCCAAGGGAAGCAGAUGAUCGAGACUUACUUUGACUUCCGCCUGUACCGCCUGUGGAAGAGCCGCCAGCACUCGAAGCUGCUGGACUUUGACGACGUCCUGUGAGGCGCACAGGCCGCGCCCAGUGCCACGGACGCCUGCCCUGGUCCGGGAAGCACAGGGCGGUGCGGCCCAUCGCUGGUCCAGAGCCUCUUCAGGGACCCUCAGGACGCUGCUCAGGUCCUGCUCGGGGCCUGGUCCUGGCGGCGCCAGUGGGCCACAGAGCCUUCAGUCCUGAGGGCCUGGAGGGACGGUGGACUCCUGGUGGCCAGGCACUGACCUGCCCCGCCUCGCCUGGAGGCAGCAGUGUUGAGAAUCCCCUACGUGGGGUUAUAGAAAUAAGUGCAAUUUUUACAGCCCUGAAACAGUUAGAAGGGAAGCCGAGUUGCUAGCUAUCUGGUUCAGCUCUGUGCCAGGCGCCACAGGGCUCAGCCCCGUGUGUCUUCAGGUCUCUCUCCAGCCCCUCAGCCCUGCCGUAUUUGAUCACCAGCACCAGGGUGGCCCCUACGCGUGACACAGCGCUGCCCCGCUGCCCAGCCUGGCCCUGGCCACUCCGGCCAGCGGUCAGCUCCCACCCCUCUUGCCGCCCGCUGCUCACUCUGACCUCAGUCGACACCGGGCCUGGCGAGGGGCAGCCUGGGCAGAAGGAAAAGCCUGGCCCCCUCUUCUUGUUGGGGGCGCUGGGUUGGCGCCCCCACCUCCAAGCCCACUC